GGAUAAAAUUUAAGAAGAGUAUAAGAGAGAAUGUUGUAAAGCAAUAAGCUAGACCAAAAUUUGAUUGACUUCUCCUCUAUGCUACGGAUGAAUCUAGUUACGCGGAGUUACUCAUCUCAUAGAGGCGCAUAUGUAUUCAACCUUAGUUUUACACCAAAGAUGGAAUGAAAAUUACUCAUAUAUCUCUUGAGUAGUUGAUUAAAUCGUUCGACUACCAAAAAAAAAUCAAUAGUUUGUUCAUCAUUCACAUAUUAUGAAAUGAUAUGAGGCAAAAAUUCAAACUAAUGUAUUAAAUUAGGAAAAAGAUAAGUAAUAAACUUCCUCCUUUUUGUUCCCUCUUCUAGCUUCCUCCUCAAGAACUCCACCCCCACCCCUUACAUUUUUCUCCAUUUUCUUGGCUACAUGUAACUGGUUUCAUUGAAGAUACGGGAGUAAGAUUCAAAGGUGUUACGAGUCCGGUGCCGACUAACUGUUCGAGGAAAUGCUCAGCAGGAGUUGUUGCAUGUUUUCAGUCACUUAUGAGUCCUUUCCUUGGUCUUCAUCCACAUAUUCUAUCUCCCAGACUAGUAAUUCCAGUAAUUACAGAGCUAACCAUAGAAAAGUUCCAAAAAACCUUAGAAAUUCUCGACGACCCAAGUUGCUACCAGACAUGGACUAUAGUUUCAAAAGGGUCUUGUACGAGGAUGAUGAGGGAGUUGCAAGUGAGUCUUCUUCUAAUGGAAUUGAUGAAGAAUUGGAGCUGGAAGUAGAAAAAGGAAGGAUGUGUGAUGAUGAGGGAAUUAUAUGGGAGUCGGAUGAGUUGGAAGCAAUUUCAUCUCUUUUCAAAGGGAGGAUCCCUCAGAAACCUGGAAAAUUGGAUAGAGAGAGGCCUCUCCCUCUGCCCCUUCCUUCCAAGAUUCGACCUUUAGGACUUCCUACACCAAAGAGAUUCACAAAUUGUUCAAGGCAAUGCAUAUCAAAGCAAGUGUACAAGAAUCCCACUUUCUUGAUUGGUUUGGCAAAAGAAAUACAAGGCCUUUCAACAGAGGAAACUGUAUCAAAGGUUCUCAGUAAAUGGAGUCCAUUUCUUCGGAAAGGAUCAUUGUCGUUGACAAUCCGAGAGUUGGGUUACUUGGGCCUUCCGGAGAGAGCUCUGGAAACAUUCUGUUGGGUGAAGAAACAACCCCAUCUUUUCCCAGAUGAUCGUAUUCUUGGUUCUACCAUUGAAGUUCUGGCAGGAUCGAAUGAGUUAAAAGUGCCAUUUGAUUUGGACAAGUUCACUGGCUUGACUAGUCGGAGUGUGUAUGAAGCAAUGUUAAGGGGUUAUAUUAAAGGAGGAAGCCUGAAGCUUGCUUUGAAGCUUCUUUCAAUGGCUAAGGAAUCUAACAGAGUGCUUGAUACUGGGGUAUAUGCUAAGCUAAUCUUGGAGCUUGGUAAGGAUCCUGAUAAAAGCACACUUGUCUUGUUAUUAUUAGAGGAGCUUGCUGUGAGAGAUGAUCUGAAUUUGACACCACAGGACUGUACAGCUAUCAUGAAGAUUUGCAUUAGGCUGGGAAGAUUUGAGAUCGUGGAGGGACUAUAUGAUUGGUUCAGGAAAUCUGGUGGUAAUCCAAGUGUAGUUAUGUAUACUACUCUGAUUCACUGUCAUUAUUCAGCGAAUAAAUAUAGAGAGGCAUUAGCCAUGCUAUGGGAAAUGGAGGCUUCAAAUUGCCUUUUUGAUCUUCCAGCUUAUCGUGUAGUGAUUAAGCUUUUUGUUGCUUUGCAUGAUCUCUCAAGGGCUGUACGCUAUUUCUCUAAACUUAAGGAAGCAGGUUUUAGUCCAACUUUUGACAUAUACUGCAGCUUGAUCAAAAUUUAUAUGGCUUCUGGAAGGGUGGCUAAGUGUAAGGAUAUUUGCAAGGAGGCAGAGAUGGCUGGAUUCAGGUUUGACGAACAUACUUUGUUAAAGUUGCAGCAAUAGAAUUUGUUGCAUCUUGUUGUUUAUUUUCAAUUAAUUUAGAGUCCCUGUUGUUUAAAGUCAGACCUUUAUCCCACCCCUCUCUUCACUUGCAUAGUUAAAUGCAUUGUAACUAGCAUGCAUCCGUAUGUUCUUGAAACAUUUCCUUUUCCACCUUAAGUAUCUGUAUAAUGAUGUUGCAAUUGAAUUUUUCUUGAGAAGUGGACAAGAAGAAAAACCA